AACCUGCAAAGCGAGAGCCAGAAGCAAAAGUGAAGCAGGCGAACAGCACCCCACCCACACCAAACGACCCAGACACCGACCGCCGAUCAUGGUGAAGCGGACGGCGAGCACCAAGUACACGGUGACAACGGAGAGCUCCGUGCAGGCUGGGUUUUGGGGCGGCAAAGCACGAUGGACGGUGGACGUUGCGCCCGAUGACUACCACGUGAUUGACUUUGAGCACACGGGCAUCUUGGGCAAGCGCAUCGUCAAGAUUGAUGACCGCGUCGUCAUCAAGCGGAACAAGUCGCUGAAGCUUGUUGGGAGGGAGUCGUUCACGUUUGGCGGAACCACACGGCAUCACGGCGAAAUCACCAUCGAGCCCGUUGGCUUCUCGCACUACGAGUACACGCUGUACAUUGACAGCGCCCCGUUUGCGGAGUUUGUGGACUUUGCACGCGCCCAGGCACAGAACAACCUGCUUGGUGUGUCCUCGCACACACCGGCAAACAAGAGCGCUUCGUCUUCCUCGCGCAUGUUCGGCAACCCAAACUACGACGUCUCCACUCCGCUCUAGGAAACAUGAGACGCGCCUGGGCUCCUCGCCGAUGCUGCCGUGUCUCCGUUAUUGACUUUUCUUAUUCUCCCAGCACGUGUGCUGUUAAUGCCGCUUGCCUUCCUUCCUUCCUCCUCUGAUCAAGCAAUGCAAGCCCUUGUGCUGCAGCCUUCUCGGCCCCUAACUUGAAUUCCAAUCGCCUUACUUGCUCCUUUGCUUGCUUCUUCACAUCGCUGUUGUUGUUUCGUUUUUGUGUUGCUGGUUGGAGGUGUAAACAGUCAACAUCACACCACGUGUAAACGCAAAC